AUGGAUGUGAAGCCAACUGAUCCACAGGGACGAAUGGAUCUCAAGCCCAAUCAUACUCUCUAUAUCAACAAUCUCAACGAGAAGGUCAAGAAAGAAGAAUUAAAAAAGGCUCUUCACGCUAUCUUCACUCAAUUUGGAGAAAUCAUCUCGAUCUUGGCAUUCAAAACUCUUCGAAUGCGUGGACAGGCUCACAUCAUUUUCAAGGAGGUUUCUUCUGCCGCAAACGCUUUACGAUCCAUGCAAGGAUUUCCGUUUUAUGAUAAACCAAUGAGAAUUCAAUUUUCUCGCGACGAUAGCGAUGUUAUUGCAAAGGUAAAAGGCACAUUUGUUGAACGUGCCAAGAAGUAUCAACAACGAGUGAAGAAAGUAAAGAAGGUUCCAACACGCAAGCCGGAGAAUGACACUUCAGCUCCACCAAACAAAAUUCUGUUCUGUACAAAUCUGCCCGAUGAAACUACAACGGACGUUCUUGAGCUUCUCUUUAAGCCGUUCCCUGGAUUGCGUGACAUUCGAAUGGUGCCAAAUCGAACAGGAAUCGCUUUUGUGGAGUUUGAAUCGGAGACUGAGGCCGGUGCCGCUCGUGCUGCUCUAGACAACUUCAAAGUUACGCCCAUAUGUCGGUCGGGACGCUUUGCAAAUUACUUUGGGUUUCUUCAAAUUCAGCAUCAGUCUUCCAUCACUUCUAAAAAAUGCUGGAAUUGUUCAAAGGAAACGCAAUCAGCUUUCUUCUGUGAUUCGUGCAAUAAAAUACAGCCAGUUGUAGCGAAAAAUCUCUUCACCUACGUCAACUUGCCGAAGAAAUUUGAAAUAGACGAGGAAUCGUUUAAGAAAAACUUUCACAAACUGCACCUGCAUUUACAUCCGGACAGAUUUGCACAUGCAACAGAUGUGGAACGAUCAAUGUCUGAAGAGCAUUCCCGAAUGUUGAACAUCGCAAUGAAAACUUUGGGCGAGAAGCUAGAAAGAGCAAAGUAUCUACUCGAAACGGAAGGAAGCCUCAAAAUUGGCGAAGACGAGAAGAUGCACUUGGAUCCCGAAGAAUUGAUGGAGGUUCUCGAUUGGCAAGAAAGCAUAAGUGAAAUGGAGGAAGAAUGUAUGUUACAAGAAGAAAAAAGCAAAGUUACUAAAGAGAUAAAUACGAUUUUCACCGAUUUGACCCAAAAGUUGGCUUCAUCGAGUUGGGAGGACGCAAAGCGACUAAUUAUUCGUUUACAAAAGGAUCCGUGCUCUUGUGCCAACGCCGAUGAGAUCUCGGUCUCACAUUAUGCACUCCGCUGGCAGGUUCAUUUCCCACUUCGAAUGCUCAUCGGGAAUGUGACAAUCACAGCCAAAGUUCUCAAAAACACUCAACAAUUGUUGUUGGACGUUCGUGAUCUCUCGAUUCGCUCGGUGUCGGUGAACGGGAAAAACGCGGAUUUUCGCAUCGCUCCAAAUGUGUACACUUUCUUCGGCUCAAAGAUGAAGAUCUAUUUGCCGACCGAUUGCACGAAAGAGGGACAAGAAUUGGAGGUCAUCAUCGAGUACAGUACCUCACCCGAUGCAACCGCUCUUCAAUGGCUGAAAAAGGAACAAACACAGGACAAGAAAGCUCCAUAUUUGUUCUCACAAUGUCAAGCGAUUCACGCACGAUCGAUUAUGCCAUGCAUGGACACACCGUCGAUGAAAUCGACGUAUGAUGCACAGGUUACCGUGCCAACCGGUCUGACCUGUUUGAUGUCAGCUAUUGGAGAAGGAUCAAAGGGUGACGAUGAAGAGACGACUUUCUUCUUCAAGCAACCCGUUGCAAUUCCAUCAUAUCUCUUGGCUAUUGUUGUCGGUGUACUUGAGAAGAGAGACAUUUCUGAUCGAUGCGCUGUUUGGGCCGAGCCAUCGAUGGUUGAAGCGGCUCACUGGGAGUUCAGCGAGACCGAAGACAUCUUGGCUUGUGCUGAGGAGAUUGCUGGGAAAUAUAUCUGGGGUCGAUACGAUAUGGUUUGCCUUCCAUCGACUUUUCCUUUCGGUGGUAUGGAGAAUCCGUGUCUCACAUUCUUGACGCCAACUCUAAUAGCUGGUGAUCGAUCGUUGGUAUCGGUGAUCGCUCACGAGAUCGCUCAUUCGUGGAGUGGGAAUCUCGUCACGAACAGCAGUUGGGAACAUUUUUGGUUAAACGAGGGUUUCACGAUGUUCAUCGAGAGGAAAAUCUGCGGGCGUUUAGUUUCGGAAGAGUAUCGACAAUUUAUGGCGUUCAACGGAUGGACGAAUAAUCUCAUUCCAGCGGUGUACGAGCAAUUCACGCCCACUCAUCAAUUCACCAAAUUGAUUCAAGAUCACGAAAAUGUGGAUCCAGACGUCGCUUUCUCGUGUGUUCCUUAUGAAAAAGGCUCAGCUCUACUCGUUUAUCUUGAGCAAAAACUUGGAGGACCUGAAGUUUUCGAGCCAUAUCUUCGUGAUUAUUUGAGUACUUUUGCUCACAAGGCAAUCGAUUCAUUUCAAUGGAAAGAUCAUCUAUUCAAAUAUUUUCAUGACAAGAAAGACAUCCUGGAUACGGUGAAUUUCGAUGCCUGGUUUUUCGCUGUUGGAAUGCCGCCCGAAAAGCCGAGCUAUGAUGAGACGAUGGUUCAUGACUGUCAGCAGCUCUUCAAUCAAUGGAUUGAGGCCGAUGAGGAGAAGAUAAAAGAGAUCUCCGCUAAACAAUACAAAGAGAUGCAACCACUUCAGCAAAUCGAAUUCCUCAGUCAACUGUGGCAGCACGAUCCUCCACUCGAACACUACAAGUUGGAGGCGCUCGAUGCGUUGUAUGAAUUGAACAAGAGUCAAAAUUGCGAGAUCGUGCUCAAUUGGAUUCGCGUUUGCAUCAAAGCAAAAUGGGAAAAAAUCAUCGAGAAAGCUUUGUGGUUCGUUGAAGUACAAGGACGACUCAAAUAUUGUAGACCGGUUUAUAGAGCUUUGAAUGGCUGGCCAGUUGCGGCUCGUCGUGCUCGUGAGACCUAUCUGAAAUGUCGUGGUGGAAUGCAUCCAAUCACCGCUGAAAUGAUCGCAAAAGAACUUCAUAUGCGUCAUUCAACGCACACUGUUUGCUUC